AUGAAAGGGAGCAGCCUAGUGCAGGCGACCAUGAUAUUCUUCAUUGGAUGCCUUGUGCUUUGUGCACAGUGUGCUGUCGAUAAUAAGCAAACGAUGGUCAACCAAGAUGAUCAUGCAGCGAACACAAGUACCAACGCUACCAUCGUCAACUCAACAUCUGUAGGCGAGAGCAAGAAAACCGAGCUAUUUUGCAGCCUCUAUCUCGUAUGUUAUUUCAACUUUGAGCUCCGUGCUAAGUGCUACUGUUGCCAGAAUAAGAAUGGCGAAUGUUACAAGACGAAGAGUGAGUGCCUGCAGAAGUGCCAUUCCUACAACGGUUAA